AUGAGCGGGGCCGGGGCGGCGGGCGCGGCGCGGGGGCUGCGGGUGGACGGACUCCCUCCGCUGCCCAAGAGCCUAAGCGGGCUGCUGCGCUCGGCGGCGGGCGGCGCGGCGGGCGGCUGGCGGCACCUGGAGCGGCUGUACGCGCAGAAGUCGCGCAUCCAGGAUGAGCUGAGCCGCGGGGGCGCGGGCGGCCGCGGGGCGCGGGCGGCGGGGCCGCGCGCCAAGCCCCCCAACCUGGACGCCGCGCUGGCGCUGCUGCGCAGGGAGAUGGUUGGCCUCCGGCAGCUGGACGUAUCUUUGCUCUGCCAGCUGUACAGCCUCUACGAGUCGAUUCAGGAGUACAAGGGUGCGUGCCAGGCAGCCUCCAGCCCUGACUGCUCAUGUGCACUGGAGAACGGCUUCUCUGAUGAGGAAGAAGAGGGUUUCCAGGACCAGAGCUCCCUUCGUGAAGGCCAGGAUGGAGGCCCUCCUGGGAGCCUGCCCCUGCCUGUGCCCCAACUCUCUGGCAGUGACUGGAUUCUGGAGUCCAUCUAAGGCCUCGGGUGGUGGUGGCUUCAAACUGGACCCACUGUCAGCAUCUGCUGCUCUUCUUGCAAGAAUGUGUUUAGCCUGUCCACUGUGGACAGUCCUCGGCCACGUGGGACUCGAGGGGAGUCCAUUGCUGCACAGUGGUGGUCUGCUUGGGUGACCCCGAGGUACUGAGAAUGCUUUGGCAGCUUGUGCUGGGUGUAGACACCCCUGCUGGAGGUUCAUGGGACAAGAGGCCCUGCAAGAGGCCCUGCAAGAGGCCUGAGUCAUUCCUUACAGACAGGUCACUGGCACCUCCUCCGUGAGGGUCAUGCUUCCAUUUGGGGAUGGAUGAAGCCAUUCCUCUGCCCCUUCCCCAGCCUAGCCAGCAGCACUUCUUGCUGUUUAACAAGUGGUGGAGCCUCUUUGUUCAGCUUUAUUUUCAGGCCACAUCACUGAUGGUCCAGGUGACUCCAGGGAAGCCUUUUAUCGAGAAGACAAACGUUUCCGCUUCAGCCAUCAUGGCAUUCUCACAGCCUACUAGAAUUUGGUCAUUUUGUCCCUCUGGUAUAGGAGGAAGGAAGAUAAUACCAAGAUACAUUGAGUGGGAAAAAAACCAAACCUGGGCAGGCCAGUGUUUGCAUAGUCGCUGGAUGGCGACUGUGUUCAUUUUAAAUGACCCUGAACGUAAACUAGUAUGUGGAAAGCAAACCACCCUCCCCUCCAAGCAGUGGUUACCUUGAGCCUUCAUAUAUUUAUUAAAAUACUUUAUGAGAACUACACUGUUAAACACAAGGAUAAAAUGCCCAAACUGUGUUGUGUGUUACUUUGUUUUCAAUGCAGAAUCCAAUGCAUAAUCCACUUUCAUGACCUGAAUGCUAUUCCAAACAAACAUGUGUGGAAAGAAAAGCAGUGUUCCUUGCUGUUAAAUGCAUCUCAAAACAGCUUCCAUCCUCUGUUGAGCUUCAGCAGCCCUCUUAUUAGUAGCAGGCCACCAUCUGUAGCAAGGUCUGGACUUUGUCCAGUCUCCUGCCUUCUUCCUUCCAGUGUGAUGAGUGCUCGCUGGUGCCUCCUUCAGGAUGGUGCUGGGAAGUACAGCCUGACUUAGGAGCAGAGCAUGCCAGGUCUCAGGAACUGGGCCACACUGGCAGAAGGCACCCUGCUCAGUUCCUCUGCUGACAGUAGUUACCGUAAGGGUGCCAGUAAGUUGCCUUCACCCUUUGACAAGAUGAUUCUGCGAAGACAGGAAGUCGAAAGCAGCAGGUCACUUGUAGGAUCCUAUGUCUCUGAGGCUGACCCUUCUUCACCAUGAGUUAGCACUUAGGUCAGCCUGACCAUGUUGAGGAUCAACUGGGGAGCUUCAACAAGACUGUGUAGGCUUUGGCAGCACCCCUUGGCACCCAUGGUUCCUUGGCAGGUGGUGACUGUGCAUCUGUGUAUCUCUGGGGACGGAGCUCCUCUGCCAUCUCUGGAGGGAGCUGGAGCCUGUUCCCGGGAGGGCAGUGCUCCAGUGCAGAGGGGGGCAACCCAUGAACACUCAUUUAUCUUAAGUGGACUGGGAUCACCAACAUGCCACCUUUGCUUCCAAAGUUAUUUAAUUCUGCUUUAUAAAAAGUCACACAACACAAUAAAAUGCUUUUAA